CUCUCUCCCGGGCCUUUGUCUGGAUGGGAAGAAAAAGGAUGGAGGAGCAGUGGUGGAGAGGGGAGCUGGCAGCAGACAUCCACCAGACCUUGAGGACGAAGGAACUUAAGCUGCCUAUGUAUAAGGCCCAUUCACCACAGAUUGGGAUGCGCCGUUACUUCAUUGAUCUCUUGGCUGUCCUCAGCAACCGUUGUAAUCUCUGUCCUACAGCCCGGCAUCUUGCUAUCUACUUAUUGGACCUCUUUAUGGACCGCUACGAUAUUGCUGUCAAGCAACUGUAUGUCAUUUCGAUUGCCUGUCUUCUUCUAGCAAGCAAAUUUGAAGAAAAAGAAGAUCGAGUUCCAAAGCUGGAGUACUUAAAUAACCUGACGUAUAUGUGCAGUGUGAACACGGUGUUGAACAAGAAAGACUUGCUGAGAAUGGAACUGCUGCUUUUGGAAAGCUUCAACUGGAACCUCUGCCUGCCCACGCCAGCACACUACAUUGACUACUACCUCUUUGCUUCUGUUGGCGAGAAUGACCUUCACAAUGGCUGGCCGAUCACCUCAUUGACCAAAGUCAAACCUUUCAUGGAGAAAUAUGCAUAUUACUUCCUUGAUUUCUCAGUGCAAGAUCACACUUUCCUCAAUUUUCGUCCAUCUUUGAUUGCUGCAGCUUGUGUGUGCGCCUCACGUAUCUGUAUGCAGAUUUUUCCUGCCUGGACAACACAGCUUGAAUUGCUAACAUCUUACUCCUGGGAGCAUCUUUCCCAAUGCACUGAAAUGAUGCUCAUAUGUUACGAAAAUGAUGUCAAAGAAGCCAGUAACAUAAAAAAACAAGUAACAAUGCAACAGCAAGUAAUGGGAAAUCAGAGCCAUCAAACCACUACUCAAGUCCUAUUUCAGCAAUCCACCUAUCACCCUCUAGCCCAACAUUCAUCUAGUCUUUCCCAGUUUCAGUCACCAGUGCAAGAUUUGUGCUCUGCUUAUCGUGACUCCUUACAGGCACAGAGGCCCAGCAACCUGCUUGCUGGGAGUGCUAACAGCUCACUGCACUCUUGUGCUGCUCUUCAGGCCAGCCUUCAGCCAUCUGCUCAGACUCUGCCCAUCCAAAUGCCUAUCGCUAUGCGGGUGGCCAUAGGAACAGAGCCCAGACACUGCAUCUCCGUGGCUUGUGGCAGUAGCUACUUCAGUGCUCACCACUCAUAUGCAGGUGGGUGUUUUGACAGCUAAGUGUUGAUGGUGAGGAAAAAAGGUGAUAUCAAUAGAAGCUAACAAUCCUGUGUGUAAGCCAAAAAUCUAUCUGAAUGAAAACCAUGAAGGAACAGAAUCCUUACUUGCUCAUUCACAGGAUCACAGAAUCACCGAACGGAUGUUGAUCUGGAUCCUUUGAUCACUGGAAACUGGGUACCUUUCUGCCAAGGACUGUACUUUCGGCUCUUAAUGAGAGAGACAAAUAGAAAUGCAAUAACAUACUCGCUUAAUGUCACUUUGAAAGUCACCUGCAUAGAAACCCCAUGGAAAUUACUUCCUGCUAGUCUUCAGUUAGUGACUCAUCAGAGUUUGCUGAAAGCUUGUGCUGAAGUGUUAACUCAGGCUGAAGUGCUUGUUGGAUUUCUGGCUAAGCAGCCGUGCAGUUAGAGGAUGUUCUUGGAAGACACAUAGUGUUCUCGCUCUUUCCCAGGGACAUCUCUCUCGAACAAUGGCAACUUAUACUACUGGAAGCUUCUACUAAAAAUAUAAUGAAAAUGGUUGUUGCUUAGAUGUUAAUACUGAUAUUCUCUGCAAGAAAUUAAUGUGUAGAACACUUUCCAUUUCUUUGACCAGGAGCAAUAAUUCGGGAGUAAGACUUUAAAACAAAGGAAAAAAGAAAAACAGGCCAGAAGACCAUCGGAAUCAUUUUUGCUUUAAAACCCUCUUGGAAUCUAGAUGUGGUGCUGCUGAGCAGAUCAUGGCUCUGCCUUCACUUAUUAAAGAAAACCCAGUCUUAAAUCAUCUUUUAGAUCUUUAACAUGUUGCUGCUUCUUGAGACUGUAGACUAUUGUUAGUAAAAUUGUUUACAAGCUUUAUCAGGGAUUUAAUGUUACUUGAAGAGAUCAUCUUGGGAAAAACUCUUAAAAGAGGUUCAUUGUCUUCAAUUAUUUCAUCUUUUGGGCUCAAUGUCUUGUGGUAGAAGUUCAAGCUCAGGACAAAGAAACUUGUGCUAAUGGGGGGAGAGAUAGGGAACUGGCUAACUUUACAGUGGAAAUUAGAGUUUAUUCGAUUACAGUGCUAGGUAAUGAUGACUUUUUCAAAAUAUCAUCUUGGCACUCUUGAAAAUAUAGCUGGUAAGCUAAAGGUCAUGUUGCUUCUUUGCAAUGGACACAUGCUUACUGUUGCAUAUCCAAAGGUUUCUAUUUUAACUGAAACCAGAGAUACUGGCUCAAAAAAUUCUUUGUAUGGUAGUGUUUUUUGUGUUUUUUUUUUUUAAUAUAGUAAUGUGGAUAUUUAUAAGAAACAGACUUCUGCAAAUGUGAAAUUUUAGUUUUGAUAUGCAACCACUAUUGUGAAUUUCUUUGAAGGCAGUAUUGUUUGUUUUAAGGUUCUCAGGACAGCAAUACAGGUAACGUGCAAUAUGCUUUUACUGACUUGAGGCAGGUUUUCUAAGUCACAUGUCAGUCAGUGCUGUUUGAAAUUAUAUUUUUAGAAAACUAUUUUUAAGGAUGUUUUAGGAUGGAGGGGGAAAAUUGGCCUGCAUGCUAACGUGUGCUUCUGUAACUGUCUUCCCAGAAUGCAGUUUUUGGUACUGUGGUAAUACAUUUCCUCUGCGCAGCGGGCUAGAAGUAUUUUUUUUAAAUAUUUCAUUUUUUUAAAAAAAUGCAAACUGUAAGGGAAGAGGCAGCGCUCUCAAGAAAUGAGUAUUGACAUUUAGAGAAUUUAAUUCAUUGCUUAUUCUACUGGUUUUGUAUUUAUACUAAACUUCAUUUUCAGAAGGUUUUACUGUAUUUUUUAUAUAAUUUGUCAUUCAACAAAUGUAAAGAACCACAUAUAUGUUGCAGUACUUUACCUGGUUUUUCUUUUGUUUUUAUCACCUUUAUAAUGCGGGUCAUGUGCCGUGUUAUACUUUGGACUGCUGUCACAGUUGUUGUGAAAAUACUUGUGAAGUUCCUAAUGAAA